GAACUUCGUUUUGCCUCUUUCUAUCUGUCUCUAUGGUUUCUCUCUCUAACCAGAGUGGUGUGGAGCCCAAAACUGGACCUCUGCUUUGCUGGCUUCGAGCUCUCUAUUCUUGGUCUUUGAUGGGGGUUGUCUCCUAAGAAAUAUAUAGACGGAGUCUUUUCUAGUUGGCCAUUUUCACUUCUCCAUGGUAUGUUCCUUCUACAAUCUCAUCAUCAACACCCCACUACCCAAAAAGAAAAUCCACCACAACCCAAUUUGAGUUUUUUCUCUCUUUAGCUGGUUUUGAUUUGAUCGAUCAAUAGAUCUAAUACUUUGAAUUUUUAUUCCCACAUGAAGUUCUUGUUCUUCAAACAACUGCUUUGCGGAAGAAGUCGAAUUAAAGGUGCUUACCUACUGUGUUAAGAAGUGGAGAAGAAGACUUCACGAUUGGGGUUUUUAGUUCUAACCCUCAAAGCAUGUUUUGAGGCCUGAUUGUACUGUUAUUGCUUUCUUUUUUUAUGCUGGAUUAUUUUUGUAAAAAAGUUGUGGGACAUAAAAUAAAUAAUUGUGGUUUUGAGAAAGAGUAGUUUUAGGUGACUUUUUAAUGAGGAUUAUUUGGAGGGUUGUUUGGAUGAGAUGAGGGAUGUUAUCUGGGUUGAUGAACUUUUUGAGGGCCUGUUUUCGGCCAAGGUCCGACAGAUAUGUGCAUAGAAACUCAGAUACAAGUGGUCGCCGUGAUGGGCUCUUAUGGUACAAAGACCAUGGGCAUCAUUUUAAUGGUGAAUUCUCAAUGGCUGUAGUUCAGGCCAACAAUUUACUGGAGGAUCAGAGCCAGCUCGAGUCUGGCAGUCUGAGCUUGCACGAGUCUGGUCCAUUUGGUACCUUUGUUGGUAUUUACGAUGGUCAUGGCGGUCCAGAGACAUCUCUUUUUAUUGCUGAUCACCUCUUUCAGCAUCUCAAGAGAUUUACUGAAGAGCAACAGUCAAUGUCUGUGGAUGUAAUAAGAAAAGCAUAUCAAGCGACAGAGGAAGGUUUUGUCUCUAUUGUUGCCAAACAAUGGCCUGUGAAGCCACAAAUUGCAGCAGUUGGAUCUUGCUGCCUGGUUGGUGUUAUCUGCAGUGGAACCCUUUACAUUGCUAACCUGGGUGACUCCCGUGCUGUUUUGGGGAGAGCUGUGAAGGCAACUGGGGAAGUUCUGGCCAUCCAGCUAUCAGCAGAGCAUAAUGCUUGUAUAGAGUCUGUGAGGCAGGAGUUGCAAGCUAUGCACCCUGAUGACUCACAGAUUGUAGUUUUAAAGCACAAUGUAUGGCGUGUAAAGGGCAUUAUACAGGUUUCUAGAUCCAUUGGUGAUGUAUAUUUAAAAAGGGCUGAGUUCAACAGGGAGCCUUUAUAUGCAAAGUUUCGUCUACGCGAACCUUUCAAAAGACCGAUAUUAAGUUCAGAACCAUCAAUUUUGGUGCAUCAGCUGCAGCCACAUGAUCAAUUUGUCAUAUUUGCGUCUGAUGGGCUUUGGGAGCACCUUAGCAAUCAAGAAGCAGUUGAUAUAGUUCAACAUCAUCCACGCAACGGAAGUGCUCGGAAGCUCAUAAAGGCUGCGCUGCUAGAAGCGGCAAAGAAAAGAGAAAUGAGAUAUUCUGACUUGAAGAAGAUCGACCGUGGUGUACGUCGGCAUUUCCACGAUGACAUCACAGUAAUAGUUGUGUUUCUUGACUCGAAUUUUGUGAGCAAGGCUAGUAGCUCUGCCAAGUCCCCCAAUGUAUCGAUCAGAGGGGGUGGAGUCAACCUGCGACCAAACGCACUGGCUCAUUGCACCACGCCGACAGAAGCUGGCAAUAACUGAUGAAAUUGUAUGUAAUGUUUUAUCCUUCUGUUACUUGAUUCCUCUGGUGUGAUUACCUUGAUAGCUUCUGGAAAGAGAUACGCGGAACAAACCUUCGAUUCUUUAAUGUAUGCUGUAACUUUUAACUGGGAACCAAUAUUUUGCAUUUAGCUUAUGUCAAAGAAACUUGAUAGCACUGGAGGAGUAGUACAAGGUGACAGUUACUAUAUAUAGUUGUUUCCGUGGGUAGUUUUCUACUCGGUUCACUUUUUCUU